AUGAAUUACUUAUCUCUGAUAGAUAUUUUUGGUGUGGAAUUUAAGCAGCAAAUUAGCCUACAUGUUAAAAGCUAAAAAUCUGCUAUAGGUGGAAUAACAUCUCUUUUGAUUUUGAUUACAAGUUUAGGGUAUUUUGCAUAUAUUAUGAAUGAAUGGGUUUAAUAUAAUUUACUUCCUAAAUCAAGUAAUACUAUGCAGGUUGAUGAUAGUUCAGAAUUAAUUUAUUUAGAAAAUGAAUCUUUAUUUGAAUUUUAUUAUUGGAAGUACUCGAGCCAUUAAGUUGAUCCUUUUAAUUAAUAAAAUAACAUUUUGACUCCAUUAGGUGUUUACUUUUUUAAUGGUUAACCUUAAGAAACUUUUUCAUUUCUAGAUCAUGUAGAAGCAACUUCCAUUUAUGGUACAAAAAAAUUUGGUUUGAAAGAAUUGAAUCUUUCUUAAAAUAGUAAAAAUUUACACUAAAAAAAUAAAAGAGAAUUAAUGCUUGUCUUUAUCAAAUGUAAUCAAACAUUUUUAUCUGGAAACCAAACAUGUGCAAGUGAAAAAGAAAUUGAUGAAUUUUUCACUUCUGCUGUUAAUUAUAUAGCAUUCUAGAUAAGUUUAAAAUAAUUUAAUUCAAGAACUGAAUAAUUUGAGUUUGUUAAAAAGAGUUUCUAUUUUUCAAUAGACAAAGUAAUAGCAACAUAAGGUUAAAUUUUGCUUAAGAAAGCAGAAGCAUUUAUUGACAAUGGAAUUAUAUUAAGAUCAAUAGUAAAAGAAACAUUUGUGCAAGAUAUUUAAAUUUUGACCACAUCUUCAUCUUUAAAUCUUUGGAACUAAAUUUUAGGAUAUGAUUCUUAUUUCAAUAUGAUUUUUCGUCUUGAUCCAAUAUCUUCAAAUAUACAGAUUUCAUAUCCUAAACUGGGAGAGGUUUUGGCUUAAGUAGGAUCAAUAGUUAAUGUUCUUAUGCUUCUAAAGUAUAUAAUUUUAUUCUAUAAUGAAAAAUUAUUGGAAAAUAGUUUUAUAGAUUAAGUGUUAAGCUUCUAUUUCAUUGAUUACAAUUAACUGAAAAAUUCAAAAGAAAAAAAAAAUAAAAAAUUGUGUUCUAUCUUAGUAGAGCAAGCCUAAAAAAAACUUAUAUAUAUAAACAUCAUCUAUGAACUAUCAAGAAUAUAAUUGUUUCUCUAAAAUCAUUUUGGCCGUAAAAAGGUAGAAGAAAGUCAUAAGUUGGGAAUUUUAUUAAAAUCUCCUAAUAAAAAUACAAAUAUAGAUUUGGUAUAAGAAUUUUUCAAAUGUGAAGAAAAUUUAAAUGAAGAAAACACAACAUUUUGUAUAAAGGACUUUUUUUUAUUAAGUUAGCCUAAUAAAAAAUUAAACUUAGUAGAAGAUUAAUCCUUAAGCAAUAAAUACAAUAUAGUGAAUACCCCGAAUUUGAACUUAUAAAUAAAAUGA